UCUCACACGCACUCUUUGCUUGAAUUUAAUUUGACUUCGGAACUAUUUGGGGUGUGUCUGUAUAUGUGUCGUAGCUUAGAUUAGGGACAGCCUGCAUACUAGAAAAUCAGAAGGGUGACAUUUCUUCGCUCUGCAGUGCUUCUUACCUGUUGACCCGCACUUUGAAAUACUUGCUUUUGUUGCAAAUCGCAUUCGUAGCUAUGGCCAGCAGCAUGAUUCUGUACUGGGGCUCAGGCUCCCCUCCUUGCUGGAGAGUCAUGAUUGCUCUGGAAGAGAAGAACUUGCAGGGCUACCAGCAGAAGCUGCUGUCUUUUGAGAAAAAUGAGCACAAGUCAGAGCCAGUUAUGGCGAUAAAUCCCAGAGGACAGCUUCCCUCAUUCAAGCAUGGUGAUAAAAUAAUUAAUGAAUCCUUUGGCGCCUGUUUAUAUUUGGAGAAUCAGUUCAAGUCUCAGGGCACCCAGCUGAUCCCUGAUUCCGCAGCAGAGCAAGCGCUUGUUUACCAGAGAAUGUUUGAGACGCUCACUCUCCAACAAAAAAUGGCUGAUGUCAUUUAUUAUACCUGGAAGGUUCCUGAGGGUGAGCGUCACGACUCUGCUGUGAAGAGGAACAAGGAGGCUCUGAGUGCUGAGCUGCAGCUCUGGGAGGGCUACUUUCAGAAGAUGGAUGCUGGGUCGUAUGCGGCAGGAAAAUACUUUACAAUGGCAGAUGUCAUGGUUUUUCCACAGAUUGCUUAUGCAUUCCGCUUUGGGUUGUCCCAGGAGAAGUUCCCCAAGUUAGAAGAGUACCAUAAUCUAGUGAAGGAGCGCUCCAGUGUCCAGGCUUCCUGGCCACCUCACUGGAAAGAAACCCCCCAGGGAAUGGAAAUUCUUAAAGACCUCUAAUUCAGCUCCACCUGUGAGGUUUAGAAGUAAAGCCCUUUCUGGCUACCUUACUGAAUAACAUGUUAUGUAAUUGAUUCAUGUAAGACUCCUGUUAUAUUCAGUACUAUAUGAUUUAUGUAGUUUUGUUUGGGUGUACUUAAUGACUCCAAAAUUACUGUUAUUACAAAAAUGAUCUAAUUAUGACAUAUUGAUUAUAGUAAAAUUAUAUAAAACAGUCAAAUAAUCCCAAAGGACUGUAAAUUGUACUGUGAAGUGCCUCCUUUUCAGCAAUAGCGCUUAAGAAAAACUACAAUACCAGUACUAUAUACAUGCCUCAAAUCUGACUAUAACCUUUUAAUGCCUUUAUGUUAUGUUUUUUUGUUGUUUAACAAUUUUGUGGUCUUGUAAAGUCUAAUCAAGUUAGAUUAACACAGUGUGAUUAGAUUUGAAACAUUUUCAGGUUGUACCAAAAAAGUUCAGAUAUAAUUGCAUUUACAUCACCAAGAUGGCACAGAGCUAAGACUUGCUUGUCAGAAAUUGUUUAAUUGUAGCAUAUCAUUAUAGAAAGUGGUUGAAAAAUCUGGAGUGGCCUUAUUAUCAUAAAAAUGCACUACAAACAGUAAAUAUGAAGCACCCAAUACUAGAAUACUAUAAAUGAGAAACAGUAAUGUUACAUAGUUUGUUAGUUCUGUAAUCUAUGUAUUAUUGCACUAAAAUUCCAUCUUAAUUGAAUUAAAA